AUGCGUGUUAUGAAGGUUGAAAGUGCAGCGAAUGUCUUUUUGAGUUCACUUAUUGGAAUCUUAGAGAUGAUUUCUGUGAUCCUGAUUUUAGCAAAAUGCUUGUUUUUGAUGUAUCGUGCUAUCAGCCCAAGUUUUGCAUCAUCAACUCAACAUGAUUUAAAUGGAACUAAAGUAGCUCUCAGAGAGAGCAGGACAAACCCAGAAAUCAUAUCUAAGCAGCUGGUAGAUUUCUUCAAUCCAAUGACCUGUCGUCCCAGAGAAAAUCAAGUAGUGCAACCUUGCCUUGCUGGAGCGAAUAUCAAUGAGACACUAUGCUUGAAACAGGGAUGCUGUCCCGUCUACAAAGGGCAUGUUAAAUUGAACUGCUAUGCUCCACUCAAAGAUCGUGCUCUACGGACUCUGCGGGUGUGUUGCAUUGGGGCCGCUGGACUGUUUGUUUUUGGGUGUCUUCCGUUCUGCUGUGUUUUUGUGGAGAAGAGCCCGUGUGCCAACCCUUUGCGAAGAGCAACCAAAGACAAGGAUUUGCAAGAGGACAGUGAGGAAAGCAGUGAGAGUCAGUACAAGGAUUCAAGUCAGGAUGAGGAAGAGGUGCCAGAAUUACAGAAGAAAGGUAGAAACUAAAGCACUGGUUUCUAUGUCUGGAAUUCAGCCAGAGUUUACUUCUAUAGACUGUUGUAUCUGCCCUUUGGUGUGUUGCAGCCCCGCCUGUUUGGAAAACAGUGCACAAACUGAUGAUGUAAAUGCUG